AUGUCGGGGCUCGUCCUCCAGGGCGUGGGGGUCCCGGCACAAGCAAUGGGCGAGGGGCGGUCUGGGGUCAGACCGGGGCUGUGGAGCGUUAUAAAGAGUGUGAGACCCACUGUGGUGCCCUGCUGCUCCCUCCGCGCGCUUGGGGAAAGGCCUGGCUGGUCUCCGAGCUACCGGCCACAGCGCACCCGUGUCUCCCAGAGACCGGCUGCUCCCGCCUGGCCCCAACGGUAUUUUUGGCACCGCUAUUGUGCCAGGCCCUAUAAAGUGGUGGCUGCGGUGGGUGGCACAGGGUGCUGUUCUCUUGGCUGCCUGGCAGGACAUGCCCCAGCACUGCUCAGCUGCCUGAAGACCCCAGGAAGGAUGGAGGUGCCCAAUGCCAAGCUCCAGCGAGCUGCCUGCCUCUUGCUCCUGCUCCUGCUCUGCUCCCUGGCCGCUGCCCGGCAGAGUCUGCCCGAGUGCUGCCGGCAGAAGACCUGCUCCUGCCGCAUCUAUGACCUCCUGCAUGGCAUGGGCAACCAUGCCGCCGGCAUCCUCACGCUGGGCAAGAGGAAGAGCAUCCCACCGGCCUUCCAGAGCCGGCUCUACCGCCUGCUGCACGGCUCUGGCAACCACGCCGCGGGCAUCCUCACCAUGGGCAAGCGCGGGGAGCACCCUGGUUCUGCCUGCCACGACGCAUCGGGCUGCCCUGUGGGUGCGGAUGCCCAGCCGACACCAGCGCUGCGGGGCACUGACACCAGCCCUACCAGCCUCAGGGAGUGCCAAGGACACUCGGGGAAGGACGUGACCAAGAGUCAGGCCGAGGGAGCUGCGAAGAGCUUUUACUGAGAGGGAUGGGAGCAGCCGGAGCAGGGAGGGGAUCCCUGGGGGGAUGGACCCCGGGGACACAAGCCCGGAGCUCAGUGUAAAUAGCACUUUCACAUACCUCCUCCUGGCCCUGGCCGAGCCUGCUCAGGGCACCGCAGGCACCGCUGGCCUUUUACAAUAAACGGUAGCCUGACAUGA